CAGUUCAAGGCCAAGUUCAACAUCGGCGAACAUACCAAGGAUGCUGUCUACCUUGAUGCGGAGCGGCGGUUUCAAGAGCUCGAGAAGGAGACCAAAAAGCUACACGAUGAGUCCAAGAAAUAUUUUGACGCCAUCAACGGUACAGGCGGAUCCCUUUCUUGGUGCCCCUCUUUUGCUGACCGACCUCCCAGGCAUGUUAAACCACCAGAUCGGAUUCUCCAAGGCCAUGACCGAAUUAUACAAACCCAUCUCCGGUCGCGCUUCCGACCCCAGUACGUAUACGAUCGAAGGCAACCCCGAGGGAAUCAGGGCGUGUGAGGAAUACGAGGCGAUCGUGCGGCAUCUCCAAGAAUCGCUUGUGCCCGAGCUAGAGAUGAUCGACACCCGCGUCAUCAGCCCUGCGCAACAACUGCUGGAGGUGAUCAAGGUGAUCCGCAAAGUCGCGGUGAAGCGAGACCACAAGAAGCUCGACUAUGACCGUCAUAAGAAUUCGCUCAAGAAGCUCCAGGACAAGAAGGACAAGUCGCUGAAGGACGAGAAGGCGCUCUACAAGGCUGAGAACGAUGUGGAACAGGCCACGCAGGAAUACAACUACUAUAACGACUUGCUCAAGGACGAGUUACCCAAGCUGUUCGCUCUCGAGGCCGAGUUCAUUCGCCCGCUGUUCCAGUCUUUUUACUACAUGCAGCUGAACGUUUUCUACACCCUGCACGAGAGAAUGCAGGGUAUCAACAUCGGGUACUUCGAUCUGGCCCUGGAUAUUGAAGAAGCGUUUGAAAACAAGCGCGGAGACGUCAAGGAACGCGCUGAGGAGCUCACCAUCGUUCACUUCAAGGCUACGGGCGGUCGGAAGCCCGGAUCGAAGCUCGGACCCAAGGACAAAUUAGCACAAGAGGGCAAGAGUGGCUACGCAUCGCGACAGCGGGAUCCUGACGUUGUUGAGAACCCCCCGCCUCCGUACUCUGCCAGCGCAAGUAGCUUCACUGCCGCGGCGAAGGGCAAGCCGGCACCUCCGCCACCGAAACCUAAGCCAUCCCGGUUCAGUGCACCGGUUGAGACUGUGACGGCACUGUACGACUACGAGGCACAAGCGCAUGGUGACCUCAGUUUUUCCGCCGGAGAAGUCAUAGAGAUUGUGCAGCGGACGGACAAUCAGAACGAGUGGUGGUCCGGCCGGGUGGACGGACGAGAGGGACAGUUUCCUGCAAACUACGUCCAGCUGAACUAGCAUACGCCAUCGCUAUAUAUUAUUCUUAAUUCUGUGUCAUAC